UCUCUUGUUCUCCUCGUUCCCCCCGGUCCUACUCCAUUCUGCUGGCGCUGCUUCCUGAUAGAAGAUAGAAGGCAUAGAAGGGUUGUUUCUGCUCUAUGUGUUCAGUGGUGUAAGCUUCGAAAAAGUAGGAGUCGGUACGAGUUAUGUUUACGAGUGUACUGAUUGAUUACAAGUAUUCUGUUGAAGAUUUUCAAUUUUAGAUUUUGUGCACAGUUAAGUGUAAAAGUUAAUAGUUGGCCACAGAAUGUCGAAAGCAGCCAGCCCCACCCGGUUUUCAGGAGAACUAGACCAUUUUUAUGACCCAAAUUUUACAGCAGAUAUAAGUCAGAAAAUGAGAGUACCAAAGCGAAUUAGAGUUGAUGGAGAGAGUGACGAUGAUCAAAACACUGGAAGUAACUGGAAUGCAAUGUUGGCAAAUGAGAAGUUUGACAUGCAUGUCCCUGAUCGAAUACUUGUUGCUGGUCAAGAACAACAUAUAGGAACCAAGGCCCCACCAAGAGAGUUAAUAUUAGAAAAUGCUGCAAUGCCACCUGAUCCUGGUAUGGUUCGAGUUCAGACUCCACCUCGUGUUAUUACACUUGAUGAACAUUACUUCCCAUCAGCUGAUGACUUCCCCAGCCAUACAGCGCAACCAGAAGAAAUGUUGACCAUGGCUGUAAUGAAACCCAAGCCCUACUUUUACACUGAACAAAGAUUGGUCAGGGAGUCAACUCCUCCAGUUGGUACAGGUGAAGGUUUAACUCCAAGUGAAGAACUUGUUCACUUGCGUCGGCAGAUGGCCAAACUGAAUAGGCGAGUCAUGGCUAUGGAAUUGGACAAUAUGCAAAGGCAGCAGCGAGAGAAGAUAAUUUGUGCCAUUGGACUUGCUUAUUUCUUUUUCAAGGUUGCUUUCUGGCUUGCUAGGUCUUCAUAGUGAAGUUGGAUGUAAACUUUAAGCAUUUCUAUGCAGUGUCCUCAUUAAGAUAGGAGAUUGUUUUCUGAGGUGAAUCCUUUAUUCACCACCUACAUAUAGGGUCGUAUCAGAUACAAUGUAUAUUUAUAUAUAGUUUGUUGUAAAUUUUUGUGUCAUCCUGAACUGUAAUUUAUGUACCUGGCAGAUGAACCAGAUUUAAAAUUUGGCAUACUACAGCAUGAAACGAGGUAUAUUGGUUAUCAUUUGCAGAAUUGUCUGAAGAAAGCAACGAUGUUCCAUUAUUUCUGUUUUUAAUGGACAAAGAAUGUUGUCACCUUGGUAACUGCUGUACUUAGUGUCAGCAAUUACUGUAAAGGUAUAAAUAAGUAGUUGCAGUUAUGUUUCAAAGCAUGGAGCCAUUGUAAUAAUAUUAAUGUUUUACAGGACAGGAAUUGCCUUUUGCAUAUUUUAUCUUCACCUCCCCUGAGUAGACCAAAUUUUAUAUACAGAUUAAAGUUUUGAAAACUUCCAUUUAUAUAUGUACAUACACAGUACAUAAAUUAUACAAACAUACCAUGGAAGCUUGUAGCAAAGAACACCUGCUUCAUGCUGGGGCAUUAUACUUGCAACCACAUUGCAGAUGAGUGAAAUUAGUUCUUAAUUUUGUAAUAUUUAUUUCCUUUAAUUAUUAAUUUCAAGAUUCGUGCAUUUUCCUACAGAAUGGAUUGCAUUGUGAAGAAUGAUAAUUAUAUUAUUGACUUUGAACUUAAAAAAUCUAUUUUUGUGAAGGUUACGAAGGUUUAAGAGUAAGCAGUUUUCUUGCAUUUCCUGAAUUUAUGAAAAUAAAAGACUUGUUUCAACCAGAAA